UUUACUCUUGCUAGCAAUUAUGUCUAGUGUUUAGGAUAUAUGUUUGUUUUCUUUAGCAAAUGAACAACAAAAGUAUGAGGUUUUUACUAGGAACUAUAUUAUGUUUCUUUGUCGCUUUGGUUCAAAUCGAUAUCAUUAGCAGCAAGAGUUUGACCGAGAAAAAGUUCAGUCGGUUUUCUCACCAUGAAAAGAGGUCGCACAAUAAUCGACAUACCGUCAAAAGGAACGCUCACCAUAAGUCUACAAAAAGACAGUUUUUACCGUUUUAUGGAGGAAUGUAUUCGUCUUUUAAUCACCAAUCUCAUCCUCAUAUUCAUCGGAUUGUCGUUCACCACCAUCCUGAGCAUUCGUUCUGUCAGCCUGAACCGUGCCAGAAUGGUGGAACAUGUACCGUAGUAUCACAUGGACAUGAAUGUACCUGCUCACCAGGGUUCAUGGGAACUCAUUGUGAAUUAAGAAGCCAGUGUGAGCCAAACCCGUGCAAGAAUGGAGCCACUUGUUAUGAUGUAGGUCAAGGCUACGAGUGCACAUGCGCGAAAGGAUUUAAAGGAGACAACUGUGAAGAUAUCAACAAGUGCCAUCCUAACCCUUGUCGUAAUGGCGGAAUGUGCACUGGAACAAACAAUGCAAAGGGGUAUGAAUGUACAUGUAGAGAAGGCUUCAAGGGGUCAGACUGUGAAGAAAUAAACUUAUGCGUUCCAAGUCCGUGCAAAAAUGGCGGUACGUGUACAGAGAGGGGUGGUGGUAGAUAUGAAUGUACCUGUCCUAUUGGGUUCAAAGGUGUCACUUGUGAAGAGCGAAGCAUCUGUUUUUCGAACCCUUGCCUUCAUGGUGGCUCUUGCGUCGAUGAAAUGUAUGGUUAUCGAUGCUCAUGCAGACUUGGUUACAAUGGCAUCAACUGUCAAAAUCAUGUAUGCAGCCCCAAUCCUUGUGAAAAUGGCGGGAACUGUCUAGAAGAAGAAGGACAUGCGCACUGUGUUUGUCAGACUGGAUACCACGGUGCUCACUGUGAAAUGGUCAGCGCAUGCGUAUCACAUCCCUGUCUCCAUGGUGGCACGUGCAUCGAUACGUCAUUUAUCGGUCAUAGACCCACGGAUUCAUCUCUUAUGUAUGGUUCUGUUGCUGUCAGACCUAAUUCCCAGUCUUUCAUUUGUAAAUGCCAGUCUCCAUACGCUGGGCCUAUGUGUGAAGAUGAUCGUUGUAAAUACUGCAGUCCUCACGCAGAUUGCAUCCUGGGACACUGUGUAUGUAAAGAAUCCUAUCAUGGAGAUGGCAAAACAUGCAAUAAAAAUGUGUGCCAUCCUAAUCCAUGCAAGAACGGUGCAUCAUGUAUUCCUGCUGAUAGCUCRUUUGACUGUGAAUGUGUGAAGGGAUGGACAGGACCGUUGUGUGAAGUUAAACAGUAUUGCGUCCCUAAUCCAUGCCAAAAUGGUGGCCAAUGUGUAGCACUGGAAAGCAGUUACAAAUGCAUUUGUCUCAGCAACUUUGAAGGCAAUAAUUGUGAAAAGGGCAAUCCAUGUUACCCUAACCCAUGCAAGAAUGGAGGGACCUGCCUGGAGAUGAAUGGUGCUGCAAACUGUGAAUGUGAAGCUCAGUUCGAGGGAAACAUGUGUGAAAUUGACAAAUGCGCCAGAUGCGACUCCCAUGCGUCAUGUGUUAAUGGCAAAUGUGUGUGUAACGAGGGAUAUGAAGGUGAUGGGGAGACGUGUACAGCUAAAACUGGUCCAGGAGGAUCCCCGGGAGUUGUUGGUCGUACCAGCGCAUGCGCGUCCAAUCCCUGUCAGAACGGAGGAGUUUGUCUCGAUACAGACAAUGGUUUUACUUGUAUGUGCAAAGAAGGUUUCAAAGGUACCCUCUGUGAGCUGGGAACCGGAACAGGUGCUUCAGAUCCAUGUACCCCAAAUCCAUGCAAAAAUAAUGGCAAUUGUCAAAACGUGGACGGUAAAGCGAAGUGCUUGUGUGCUGAAGGCUUUCAAGGAGAAUUAUGUGAAUUGCCUAUAGGUACCGGAGGUCCCGAUGGCGGCAAGUCAAAGUGCCAUCCUAAUCCUUGCCUUAACGGCGGAGCGUGUCAUGAAAAUGGUGGAGGUUACGACUGCGUUUGCCUGCCCCAAUACAGUGGACCGAACUGUGAAAUCGACGAGUGCGAAAAAUGUGACGUGAAUGCAAUCUGUGUCCGUGGCAACUGUAGAUGUAGAACAGGAUACAUUGGAAAUGGAUACGAGUGCGAAAAAGCAACAAGUUGUACUAACUGUCCAACUAGCUGUGUCAAUGGAGCAUGCGUACCACAGGCAGGAAAAAGGUCAAAGAUACAACACAAAACAAAACAAAAAACAUUGAAACCAUGAUCUUCAAACACGAAAAAAAGCUCCACUAGACAUGUGCAGUGGAACAUGUUUAUGUUCUUUCGGCAUGCAAAAUUAACUAUAGAAAAGAGAGCUGUUGAGAAGGCUUUUUCCUUGUAAAAUAAGGAUUUAGUAAUCCAUAUAAUAAGACAUGAUUAUGUUUACAGAAGGGAAUAAAUAUAAAGAAUAGGAUUACUUAUAAAGAUAUUUGUAAAUCAACGCUCUAAAUAAACUUUGUUGUUUAA